AUGCGCGGCCGCGCGCAAUCAGACCUCGAGAAAGACGCGCUACGAAUAUCACGGCACAGCGACGACUACGACGAGGACGACCGCCUCGACUCCGCGUCCUCCUCGCGAAGCGUCUCCUCCACGCGCAAACUCAACCGAGCUUUUUCCACACCACGGUCGAGAUCCUCCUUCCUCUAUGUGCGCUCACCAGCGCAGAUUGUACGAUAUGCCUGUUUAGCACUUGCAGCGGUUAUGCUGUUCUUUAUGUUUUCGUUGGUUCAGAUGAGUCGAUCGUCAGCGAAAGAGGUCGAGACUGCGGCUGCGCAGAAGAACGAUCCGGAUAAGAACCCGAUUGUGAAGCCGCCGGUGUGGGAAGGUUUUGAGUUCUUGACGAGGUAUUAUGGCGGGAUAAGGAGUCUGGUUCCAGCAGCGAGCAAUGUGCCUGAAUAUCCUAGGGCUGCGGACGAGGAGGAUUUAGAUCCCGAGGCGUUGCAGGAGGAGGCGGCGCCGGAGCAGCACUUGACGGAAAAGAGGCAGGAGGGAAAAGUGCCGGAUAGCAAGGUGUUUAACCCUUAUCCGGACUAUGCAUCGCCAGAGUAUAUUGCGAAACAUGGUGAAAAGGUGGAUUGUUUCCUGGAUAAGGCGAGGACGAUAUCCGUGCCACAGGUCAGGAUGUAUGAAGGUGUUCCGAGAGGGUUUCCUGAUGCGGUUAUGGGAUCUGCUGAGCUCUUGGGCAUGCGGACGGAUAUUUGCUAUGAUCGUUUCGGCCGAUUAGGACCCUAUGGCAUCGGCUACAGCCUGAGUAAAGGUGGCAGCGGUUCACAACUCGAGGGCGAAAGAGAAGGAGCGGAUCUGGUCUGGCAGAGCACACCCGAGGUCGACUGGCGGGAUGUGAAAUGGGUGGCCGUCCAGGAAAGGUGUCUGGCUGCAAAUGCCCAUCGUUUCAAGGAGCCGCCCAAGCCCAAGAUCGACAGGUGGAGAGCUAUGCCGAUCGGCAGCAUAUCGAAACGAGCAGAAGAGCCCAGUGAUUUCAAGUCCUCGACCCCUCCGGACAGCAAGAAACCAGCCUCCGAGCCACUUCCAAGGACUGCUGUGGUGAUCCGCACUUGGCACGACUACUCCUACACACCCGAGGAUCUGAUCUACCUACGAUCUAUCAUCUCAGAACUCACCCUUCACAGUGGCGGUGAGUACACCGUCCUGUUCCUCAUCCACGUCAAGAACAGCGACACAGCCAUCUUCUCCGACGACGAGACCUACGAGCGCGUCCUCCGCGAAUCCCUCCCCGAAGAAUUUCGCGGCAUGGGCGUCCUCUGGAACGAGCGACAGAUGGAGCUUAUGUAUGGCGGCCUCGAAGAAACCCGCAUGCGCGACCUGCUGGUUCACGGCGUCUACCGCAGCACCUUCAUGCCCAUGCAGUACCUCGCCUACACCCACCCGGAGUUCGACUACUUCUGGCACUGGGAGAUGGACAUCCGCACCACCAAUCACUGGUAUCAUCUGUUCACCUCUGUCGUCGCCUGGGCGAAGAAACAGCCCCGCAAGCUGCUCUGGGAGCGCAACUCUCGCUUCUAUGUCCCUGCCAAGCACGGCUCCUGGGAGGAUUUUAGCCAUAUGGUCCGCAUCCAGACCGAGCAGGGCACCAACUCGCCCAACAACAUGUGGUCUGGCCUGAACCAAGGCAAUCGCAUGCCUGGAAGCGACUCAUCAUCCAAGCAGACCGGUGACCGCCCGAUAUGGGGUCCCGAACUCCCUCUCGAUGAUCCCAAAACCGCCUUCGACACCGACCCCAAACCGCCGCACUCCUUCGAAAAGGAUAAAUACACCUGGGGCGUCGACGAAGAAGCCGAUCUGAUAACCUUCAACCCCCUCUUCGACCCGGACGCAACUACUUGGUUGCUCGCGGAUGACACAUCAGGCUACAAUAAGACCAGAGGACAGCCGCCACGACGCACCGCCAUCAUCACAGCCUCCCGCUUGAGCAGGAGGUUACUGAUGACGAUGCACAAAGAAACCGCCCUGAAUCACCACACCAUGUUCUCGGAAAUGUGGCCCGCCAGCUGCGCCUUGCACCACGCUUGA